ACUGCGCUUCCAUCUCCCCGCUCCGUGCCGCAUAUCUGCAUUUGUUUACACAACACGCACGCACACAGCAAGUUUCGCAGUUACGCUGAGGUCCAAGGCCCAGGGGCAGUUCAGGAGCAGUUCAUACUGCUGCGACCUGCGAGUACCCAGUUGUGCCUCGCCAUAAUUGAAAGCCAGCCUUCCCUUUCCAACAUGAGUGAAGUCACCCAGCCUUCUCCUUCCAACAUGAGUGAAGUGAGUGUCAAGAGCUUGGCGUACCGGAAGAACCAAGAGUGCCACCAGCCUGGAUUUAAACCCGACCAGGUGACAAUGUGCUACGACUCCUGGUCUGCUUCCUAUGACAAAAUGAUGGUGCCCGGGACAUACAACGGUCCACAGAUUGCCCUUGAUGAGAUACUGAACCAUGUCCCGCUGCACCUGCGGUCCACGUGUCGUGUGCUGGACGUGGCGGCGGGUACAGGACAGCUGGGCACGAUGCUGGCCCAAGCUGGCUUCAGAUUCCUGGACGCCGUGGAACCUUCUCCAGGAAUGCUACAGAUACUGCGGGGGAAAGGCGUAUAUUGCAACAUUUAUGAAGUUUAUAUGGGAAAUGCUGCUUCCAAGACCAAGAUCCCACAAGGAACCUAUGAUGCUGUGGCAGUGGUGGGGGCGUUUGGGGAGAGCCAUCUGGCUCUUACGAGUGUGGAGGAUAUGAUAAGCGCCACCAAACCAGGUGGCUUGGUGGUGAUCGUGAUGAGAAAGGAAAACCUGGUGACUGUCGAGGCUUACAGAGACAAACUGGAGCCUCAUCUGGCCAGUCUGGAGGAAAGAAGCUACUGGACGAAGGUAUCACGGAAAGUGGUCCCUGAUUACUUCUGUGGUAAGGACGGACUUAUUCUGACUUACAAAGUGUUGUAACACUCAAACACACACACACACACACACACACACACAUCUGUGGUAAGGACGGACUCAUUCUGACUUACAAAGUGCUAUAGCACACACACACACACACACACACACACACACACACACACACAUACACACACAAACACAGUCUACUUCACCAGCCCCUGCUGCUACUCGUACACUGUCGCGAUCGGUUACAAAACGAAACGUAAAUGAUCAGCUGAGGAUGCUCUUGAUGGAGACUUUUCCAAACUAUCUGCCUGUCUGGGAUGACUAUCGGGUGUAGUUCUAAAACUAACCAUAGUAUUUUUUUUUUUUAUUCCCGUACAAUGUUAUUUAAAGAUUAUUAUCUUCAGUCUAACUGACCUGACCUAACCCUGAAGUGGCAGGGGGCGCUCGAGCGCCCUUGACGAACCAGUAUAUAGUUGGGAAAUAUGCCUCCCGUUUACUUGUUCGCGUCGCUCUGAGAGAACGAAAUGGAGCGGCCACCCCUCAGCUACGUAUAGAAGAAAGCCCACACAAGCACAGUGCUGCUCACACAAGGUCCCCGCUGCUCCUCAGGAACAAGUUUUCGUCUCAUUCAUAUAUCGUAUUAACUACAUCAUUCAUUUGCACCAAAUGUUUGUCUUGUAUAAGACAUAAGCUAAUGUCAAUAAUGUGUGUGUGUGUGUGUGUGUGUGUGUGUGUGUGUGUGUGUGUGUGUGAGAGAGACAGUCUCUCUAAAGCCAGACCACUUCCUGUGAUUUUCAAAAAUAUUAGUCGCUCAGUAUAGAAAACUGUCUCCUGAUGUUGUUAGAGUCUUAGUGUUAAUAAUAACAAUAAUAAUAAUUAGUAGUAGUAAUAAUAAUAAUAAUAAUAAUAAUAAUAAUAAUAAUAAUAAUAAUAAUAAUAAUAAUAAUAAUAAUAAUAAUAGUUGCACGGAGCAGGUGAGUUCCCUAAGUACAAUGAAGUGUAGCAAAAAAAAAAAAAAAAAAAAAUCAGCCGUGCAUUGCUCACUGACCAGGUGAGGUGUGCGUGUUGGGGGGGGGGGAGGGGAGGUAAACAGCAAGCUAUGGCCCAGUUCGCAACAUAAACACGCAAAGAACUCCAAGGGUGCGCGAUAUUCCAGUCUUGGAGUGGAUGUGCUGAACGGACAGCCGGUCUCUCUUCUCACACCCUUGUCAUGCACACCACCUCUUGCUCCUGUGUGUGUGUGUGUGUGUGUGUGUGUGUGUGUGUGUGAAUGUAAGGUGUGGGUGUUUUAGGGGUUUGUAUUUCGAUCACCCAUGCAUUUUUUUCUGUAUUUGUUGCUUCCUUAUAUAAUCAUCACGUAUGUAAUUGCUUUAAUUUUCAAACAUAUACCGAAAUAUAUAUUGCUGUGUUUAGUCAGGCGUUGCCUCUGAGUCUUUAUCACCAUUACCACUACUUUGUUUCACUCCCUUUCAUCACCGCCGCCACGAACUACACGUGGAUCUGUCAUUCGCUGGUAUUUGAACGGUGCAUGUCACGUCUGUGUGCGACAUGAACUGAGGAGUGACAUCUCGCACCGGAGACUCACAGCUCAGUCGGCAGUCUACACACACUCUGUAUUAGCAGACAAAUAUACUGAAGAAACUAU